AUGUCGGAGCAAAAUUUGGUGAGUCCGAGAUUUCGAGCCGUCGCGAUUGCUGUCCUAUCGGCUUUUGGCGCAUUGCUUUUUGGCCUCGACAUAGGAUACAUUGCCCCUAUCUUGGAGUGCGCUUCCUUCAAACGAGAUGUGGCGCAUCUCCCAGAUUGGCACAAUCCGCGCGUCAGGAUAGAUGACUACACAGCAGGCUUCAUUGUGGGUGUGUUCUCCAUUGGAUGCAUCAUUUCUUGUCUACCACCUGUGAGUGCGCAUUGCAUCAAUGUGUGGGGGAGACGAAGUUCUAUCAUCAUUGGAUCUGCGACAUUCCUAGCUGGAAGUGUCCUGCAAGUCUUUGCUAUUUCUAUCCCGAUGAUUCUUGCUGGCCGUUUCAUCUCAGGACUUUCUAUCGGCCUUUUGAGUGCAGUGGUUUCUCUCUACCAGAGUGAAUUGGCUCCUCCAUCACUUCGAGGAUGCCUUACAUCAGUGUAUCAGCUAAUGAUCACUGCCGGUAUUCUUCUUGCUUCUUUGAUCGACCACAAGUUGGUCCAUUUGGAUGACGGCUGGCGCUGGGCAAUAGCAAUACAAAUGGGACCUGCGUUGAUCCUAUUGAUUUGCAUGCCAUUUAUGCCAAAGUCGCCUCGUUGGCUGGUCCAACAAGAUCGGAUCGACGAGGCCCUUGACGCUCUCAAAACGGUGCGUGACGAGUCGGAUGCGAAAGUGGAGCUGGAAGAAAUCAUGGAGAGCCAUUUAAAGGCGAAGGCCCUUGGAGAGCCAGCUUGGAGGGACCUGCUCCAUGGGCGAGUCGGUUUCCUGCUGCUCGUCGGUGUAUCGUUGCAACUUUUGCAGCAACUGGUGGGAAUGAACGCAUUUAUGUACUUUGGUCCCCGUGUAUUUCAAGACAUUGGUUUCGAUCCUGUGCGUUUUCAGACCAUCAGCAAUCUGGUGAAUUUCCUUGCAACUUUUCCAGCUCUCUUGUUUGCUGAUAAGUACGGUCGUUGCAGUCUCCUACGUUGGAGUGCUUUGGGCAUGUUCAUCGCCUGCAUGACAAUAGCAACAGUUUCCGAAAAGAUUCUGGUUGUCAGCGGUGGUUCUUACACGACCUAUGCUUCAACAAGCACAAGUGGCAGUUAUGUCAUCGUUGCAAUGGUCUUUCUUUUUGUGAUGAACUUUGCUUAUGGCUGGGGCCCCAUUGUUUGGGUCUACAACUCUGAGAUCUUUCCACUACAGUACCGAAGCAGAUGCAUCGCAACUUCCACCUGUGCAAACUGGAUAGGCAACUACCUGAUAGCCCAAUGUACGCCGAUCUUGCUCGGAAAGUUGGGCUUCCUGACUUUUUACGUUUUUGGUACGUUUGCACUGCUUGCCCUACUUCUCGCUGGGUGGUUGCCUGAAACAAAAGGAGUGAGUUUGGAGCAAAUGGAUCGAGUCUUUGACGAAAAACUUGGAGUUGUUAAACGGAAGGGUGGAAGUCAUGGAACUUAUGAAGAAGCGCUCCUUGCAAACGAGCAGAUCAUGGGAGCAUGA